AUGAGCUUCAACGGACCAGCUCGUAUGCGCAUUUCUCGCUUCUCGGUUCUUGUUAACAAAGCCUCGACGAAGCGAAGGAAUACACGCUCGGCUCUCGCAGGUGCGCUGCUAACUUGCCGCCAGCACAAGCGAGCAGGUCCAGUCUUCUGCGGCCAACGCUCACUGCUCUCUGCCUCUGCUCCUGCCUCUCCCUCCGCCUCUGGUGCAAAGCUGGCGUCCAAGCUCGGCCCAUUUUUGCACAGUCAGGCUAGAGUGCGUGGCACGCCCCGGCUGUCAAGCCCUUCUCCGCUCAGACAGCGCUGCGCCGGCCCUGCCGCUGCGGGCGCCAUGCGCUUCCGCCCAACUCUGCUCCUGAGGUUUCGGCCACCCCGUCGCGCCGCGCUCGCCUGUGCGUUCGCCCUCCUCCGCUCAAAGCGUUGCGCGCCUGCCUUCGCGGGUCUGUUGUUCUCUCGCGCUGCCCUGUCCGCUCUGCUCAAGAUUCUCGGAAGCGACAUCGCAAGCCCCUUGGAGGUUGCUCCGACGAUAUCCUUUGCCUUUCCACCUUCCUCCCAUUCCAUUCGACAAACUCGACAUCGCGCUGCGACGCUCCGGUCGACGCAACGCACCGCUACAAACGCAUUCUCGAGUCCACCUGUGCUCACCUCGGUCCAUCAUAUCGCUCCUUCUUUGCAACGCAACCAAAUCCUUCCAUCGGCUACGUCCGGUCAACGUCUGCUCGCGCACGAGGUGCGGCACAGCUGCAAUUCAGCCUUCGCCUCGUCCGGUCCUCGGCAAGUCCGAACCAAGAAUCGGCUCGAUUCCGCACAGGUGCUUCCGCCUACAUCGCUUCGCCUUGCUCCAUCCUUACGCCUAGUAAGCUUCUCUUCGCCCUCUUCCGUGCGUGUCGAAGACGAGAACGUAGCGCUCAAGCAGGCCGUCACGCCCAUCAUUGAUACCCUUGGUGCGCCACCGACGCUCGCCACUCGCAGCUCCAGGACGCCGUUCGGUUGCCUCUGUGGUCCGCCUUUGCUCAACAUGAACGGCAUGGAACACGGUCAAAGCUUUGACCCCGCGUUUGAUGCCUUCUUUCAGGCUCCGUCCUCAUCCUCUCCACAUCACCAACUUCAGCAUUCCGCCGCCGGCUCGCCUGCGUCCAUCCAGCAGAUCGGCAACAUGAGCGCAGCCGACUCCUCGCUCAGUCUGUACGCUCAAGACACCUCGGCGAUGCGCCCGAGCUCCUCGUCGGGCGGCAAUCUCCAUCUCAACAUCUCCAACCUCUCGGUCACGGGCGGUGAAGCCGACGCCUCACACGCACAGGCACACCAGCAGCAGGGCGUCGCCAACUCGCUCAGUUUCCCGCCUAACAACACGGCCUCACCUCAGUCCACCCUCGCGUCACCGGCCGAUGCCACUGCUUCAUUCAACAUGCCCAGCACCACAUCAACCUCGCCGCUCUUGCAUCCUGAUGCGCCGGUGGGCACAGCCACAGAAGCCCACCUCGGCGUUCCUACCGCAUCGUCUCCUCUCAAGACCGAGUACAACCUCGGAAACGAGUCGGCUGGCCUGACGUCGACGAUGCGCUCCUACAGCUCUACUUCGAUCAAAAGCGCCGCGGGAUCACAGAAUGCCGACAGCCCAAGCUCCGGCUUCGGUGCCGGCGGCGCGGCAAAUCAGAGCAUGGGUGACGUCUCGAUCGAUGAUGCCAAUGUCGCUAGCCAGUCGGAAGCCGAGCUGGCGGCAGAGAAACGCCAAAGCAGCAAAUUUGUCUACAAGCUCUUCCGCAUGGUCAGCGACCCCGACUACCAGCAUCUCAUCAGCUGGAAUCGCAACGGCACCAGCGUCAUGGUGUGCAACUUUGACGAGUUCGCCAAGGAGGUGCUGGGCAAGCACUUUAAGCACAGCAACUUUUCCAGCUUUAUCCGACAGCUGAACAUGUACGGCUUCUACAAGGUGAACAAGACGCCCCGCGGCCAUCGACAGUCGGUGGACGCGCAGAUCUGGGAGUUCUCGCAUCCCAAGUUCCUGCGCGGCCGUUCGGAUUUGCUCGAUGACAUCCGUAGGAAGGCCCUGGACUCUGAACACGCGCGGGUCGAAGCUCGCGAUCUGCAGUACAGCGUCAGUGUGGGGCAGAUGCAGCUGCGUCAGCAGGUCGACGAGAUGCAAUUCCGGCUCGAGGAGCUCACAGAGCAGAACAUGGCGCUGCGAACCUUUACAACCCAACUCCGAGACGUGCUUGGCCUGGUGCUCGAGCACGUCAAAAAGACGAGCGGCGGCAACAUUGGUUUCGACGUGCGCAUCCCCACGCUGGACCUGCCCUCGCCCAUGCCGCCGCAAGGCCUGUGGACGCCGCAGGGUCACGAUGGCCCGCCUAUCUUUGUCACCGAGCCCGAGUUCGGCGCUGGUGUCGGACCGGGUGGGCUGAGGAUGGGCCCGACGCCUGGCAUGGUGCCUGGGCCGGGCCACGCUCCGCCACCGAUGCAUGCACCCCAACACCACUUUGGCGGUGCGCCGGAUGGGUUCGCCAUGACGGGCACGCCCAUCUCGCGUCGCGUGUCGGCGAGCUCGGCGCAUAGCGAGAGCAUGCUUGCCAUGAACGGCUCGCCCAUGCACGGAUCGAUGCAGGGUGAGAUGGGCAUGCUGCCUGCUGGUCUGCCGCAGCGCUCGGCUUCUUUCGGCGAGGGACAGAUGCCUGCACCCCACUUCAAUAUCGGCCGCGGCGGCGUCAACCGACCGGGCCUGGCGGGGCUCGCAAUUGACACUUCGGCUGCAUCUGGCAUGUUUGGCGGCAUGCAUCCGAGCGUGAGCCCGACAUCAGCAGGGCUAUCGGCAAGCAAUGCAGGGCUGGGCGUGAUGAGCAUGCCGCCGUCGCCGCUGACGCCACAGCAUCAAGCGAUGAUGGCAGCGAUCAACACUCCGCUGCCUCCGUCGCCGGCGCCGGGGUCAUUGGCGGGUGGCCAGUUCAAGCCGUUCGAUGGCUCGCCGUUCGUGACCAAUAACGGAUUCCCCUCGUACGGCCAUGGUCUUUCUCUUGCCGACCAGAGCUUCUUUGGGCCGGAGGCCGAUGGUCCCAAUGCCAAGGCGAUGCGCACGCCCAUGAAGCGCACGGCGUCCAAUUCUGGGCCUAGCGCGCAGGGCACGCCAGUGCUCAUGCAGUCAACGUCGCCCGGGCUUGCCAAGCGCAAGUCGCCAAUCUGA